GUGUGACAUUUAAAACACGGGGCAACUUGCACUGACCUGACAUUUAAAAAAACAUCUUUGCUCUUAGAACAUAUUUCAGGCAAUUAUACUUCAUCUGCCUUCAUUAUAUACUUGACUCUCAUCUGUGCCUAUUAAGCUACAGAUCAUCAUAUUCAAGUCCCCGGUAUACUUCAACUUACUGAAGUGGUUUUUGAGAGGAUAAACAAUGCAUUAAGAAAAAAGUCACUACAGCAUCUGAAAAAACUAUCAGGUUCAUUUCACUUCGAAAUGACAAGCCAGUGGCCUGUAAAGUACCGAGAGUUGCCUUCAUUAACCACAUUCACACAAACCUGUAGUAUUUUUCCGCAGGAAACAGACAAAUACAAACGCAUGUCCGCGUUUUUACUGACUAGGCGUUGACCCAUAAGAAUCACAAGCUAUUUUUUAAACAAGUGGGUGGUGUGAAUUUAUACUUCCUUUGCCUCACCACUAGAAACUGUUUAUCUUAUAAACAGCCCUCGUUCUUUACAAACCUAUUUCUAAACGCCAUAAACGCCGUUCCCAUUCCUCAGGAGCAUUUUAUGGCGCAACGAUAUAAAAAAGGUAUUUGUAAACCACAAAAACAUGCAUAACGUGCAAGACGGCGUCGGCAGACAUGCCUGUGCACGCGUGCAAGAGAAAAAAAUGUUUUGACAGGCGCAAUUAAAGAGACAGUUCGCUCAAAAAAUGUCACCCGCUGAUCCCGAUGUUGUUCCAAACCUCGAAAUCAUUUCUUUCACACACAAAAAGAGACUUUAUUAGCGACCCACAGGCUCGGUCGCCGUUCGCUCCUGUUGCGUCUCAUGCCGUUCGGUGAUGGUGAACGGAGACCGGGACUGUCAGUCGUUGAUAUUCCAGCUAAAGUCUCGUUCCGCGUUUCACGGCGAAAAUAAACUCACGCGGGGCGCGAAGAGCAUGGGCGCGAGUCGGUAAUGACGACGGUUUAAUUCUUUCUGCUAUCCUACCGAAACGCGCGCGCGCGCUCGCUCGCGCCACCCAGGUGCUUCCUGGUGUUUUAUUGCAGGAUCACAGCCGGGGGAACCGAAACGGUCAGCCGCGCGCCCAGGAAGCGUCGCCGACAGACACGGACAUGCGGCAGCACCCGCGACUCUCCGUCAGGUAGACUAGAGGCUUCGCAGGCGGCGCGCGACGGUGUUUUAUUUUCCCGCCGUCGGCGCGAGCUACUGCUGACGCGAUGCUUUAGCCAUGGACAGCAGGAUAAACGAGAAUCCUGCGAGAACUUUUGAUUUGGCUCUUCAGGUUGCGUGUCCAUCGUCUGAAAAUGAAGAUCCGACAGUGCUGUGGAAGUUCCCUCAGGACUUUGGAGACCAGGAGGUCCUGCAGACAGUGCCUAAGUUCUGCUUCCCGUUUGACGUCGAAAGAGUGUCCCAGACUCAGGUGGGCCAGCACUUCACAUUUGUGCUCACAGAUAUUGAGAGCAAGCAGAGGUUUGGUUUCUGUCGGCUGACGUCUGGCUGCAGGGUCUGCAUCUGUUUGCUCAGCUAUCUCCCAUGGUUUGAGAUUUAUUAUAAGCUGCUAAAUACCCUUGCAGACUACUUAUCAAAACACCAGGAAGAUGACUUGAACGACAUGUUGGAAACGCUGCACACCCACCCCGUGCCAAAGCCGAAUACACCAGUGAAUCUGAGCGUGAGCAACCACUUACAUUUUGCCAAUGGGCAAGUAGUGCAGGAUCCAGGAAGCAGACUGUCGCAUUCAUACUUCAUAGCUCCUGAUAUUAAUGGACUCCCCACCAUACCUGAAAAUAGAAAUUUAACAGAGUACUUUGUAGCAGUGGAUGUGAACAACAUGUUGCACCUCUACGCCAGCAUGCUGCAUGAGCGACGCAUCAUCAUUACCUCAAGCAAGCUUAGCACUGUCACGUAUUAUCCGGAGCAGUUGCGUUCGACCACAAUGUCACAGAACUCAACGGACACAACAACAACAACAACAACAACACUCCAAGCUUUACCCAUCGAGGACGUAUACAAAAGUGAUUCAGGAUUAAAGCUGAUCUCUUUGAAGCUAGCUGUUGUGCCCCAGCCAAGCUUGUUAACUGCAUGCGUGCAUGGGUCCACCGCCAUGCUCUACCCUAUGCACUGGCAGCACAUCUUCAUCCCUGUACUUCCUCCUCACCUGCUGGAUUACUGCUGUGCGCCCAUGCCAUAUCUGGUCGGAGUUCAUCUCAGCCUUUUAGAGAGAGUAAAGAGCAGAUCCCUGGAGGAUGUGGUCAUUCUGAACGUGGACACAAACACCCUGGAAAGCCCCACGGAUGACCUACACAACCUGCCCAGUGACGUGGUCUCCAGUCUGAAGAGUAAGCUGAAGAAGCAGUCGACUGCUACAGGCAGCGGGGUGGCUCGGGCCUUUCUGCAUGCUCAGGCUGCGCUGUUUGGCUCCUAUCGGGACGCCCUGAGAUAUAAACCUGGAGAGCCAAUCACCUUCUGCGAGAAGAGCUUCGUGGCACACCGCUCCAGCACCAUGAGAAGUUUCCUUGAGAUGGCCGUGAACCUGCAACUCUUCAAACAGUUCAUUGAAGGCAGACUGGCCAAAUUAAACGCAGGAAGGGGCUUUACAGACGUCUAUGAAGAGGAGAUCACAGAGGGGCGCUUCUGUAGAAGUAAUUCGAGGUCUUAUCAGCAGUGGAUUCACACCAAGAUGCGGCAGAGGGCAAAACCGGUCGUGAAAAACCUUCAGAUGGCCAAAGAUCACGCCAAACGGAAAAUCCGCGACAUGAAGGACAAGAUCACACAAAAGGACGCUGAAGAGGAGGAAAGCCCGUACUGUGCAGGUUCUCCCACCAGCACUAAAAGCCUCUCACCCAGGAGACUUCAGAGGAAAGCGCAUCAAAAUCCGAAGUCGUCUCCACACAUGAGCCUGUGUUUUCCGGACGGUUAUAACAACGACAACAAUGACGACGCAGCCAGCAGAAUAUCCUCUGAGGACAGUGGGGAAGUGGCGUCAUACAACGAGGACAGUGAUGACUCUGAUUUAGAGUUUCAGCCUGAAGUUAGUCAAACGGGUCAGAUGAACCUACUGGAGGAGAUUUUGGACUCUCUCAGUACAUCCAACAUCGAACAAGGGCGACUGUACGCCGCCAAGAGCUUGGACUUUUUUAGAUCAAUUGAAGACCUAGAAUAUAAUACCACGAAAAAUAGCAAGUCCCCACUGGGAAGUAGUCCUGCCCAGGUCAGUUCAGAAGUAGAAAACGGAGAACAAGGUGGAUGGAAUAUGGGUCAAGACGACAGCGCCGUCCAUGGUAAGCAUCUCCCGCCUUCUCCUCGACGCCAAGUCAGCUCCUGUUCCCUUCCUGUUCGUCCUCCCUUUCCCAAUGACCUCGCCAAUGAAGAGAACCAGAGGAACUCUCUUCCUGAGACGCCCCAAGUUCAACUCUCUGUACCUUGUGACACGGAAAAACCCAGCAGUUCCCAGCUGAGUCCAGACAACCGACAACCGACAACAAGCUGCAGCCUCUCCCGACAGAAGGUCCUUUCAAGAAAAACCCAGAGGCCAUCCCUGGAACAUGCCCAGCAGAAGGCAGCAAGUGGACAACCUUCGGUCCUCGUUCCGUGGGAGAGGGAAAAACAGCCCCAGGAGACAAAUAUGGAAGAAAGAGGAAAUGAGACUCAGGAGAAAGGCUUGCUGGAGGAGAUUGAAUCCAUGUGUCAUGUGAGCAUGGCCCUCAAAAGCAACCAGGAGCUCACACACAUCCGAAACAACACCAGCCUGGACAAAUCCUGAGAAAACGGCACAACACUCACCUUUCUCUUUUCGUAUUCACGCUGUCCUCUGAUGUCACACCAGCACUCUUUGCAUGAAGUGUUUGCAAAGGUGUUUUGUAGUUAAUGUGGAUGUUCGGUCCUCUUAUUUCUUACAUUUGGUCCGAAACAACAAACGGUAUCGUUGGAAAGUACGAAAAUUAGGUUCAAAGGGAUCUAUGUCAGCAUUCGACAUCCAGUUUUAUUUAUUUCAGCAGAUGAUUGCACUUGCUUAGUUUCAAAUCACUGUUUCGAUAAAUCACUGUGGAUGAGGAACGGAUUUAACCCUGUAUCUUAUACUAAAUAGUACGAAAGUAUUUAAUCUCAGCUUAAUAUAAUGCCUUAAACAGAUUUCAUUUGCUUUUACACAGUGACUGUGCCACUGUAGCUGACUAGCUUACUAACUACAAUCACUAUUUUUUGCAUGUGACGCGUCUUAUAAAGAGAGAUUUAACUAGGCCAGGUGGACAACUGGUUCUCAAUUUUAUAUAUUUUUGGGGAAAAAAAAGUAUUUUUUCAAGACAAUUCUCAGGUUUAUGCUUUUAUCCAAGAUGAGAUGUUAGCAUUUUAAUUUCUUAAACCAAACCGAAAAUGCAGAAAUCCCAAUUAUGUUUUUUUUAAAGAUUAAUAAACUUAGUAUAUUGACAUCGAAGUGUGAAAAUACUGGCGCUACUGAUGCCCAGUGCAUUGAGGAAUACGUGUUACUGAUAAAUAAAUUAGUUUUAAACCCUUUAUUAUUGUUUUAUUAUGUCUGAAGGCCAGAAGUGUAAUCUACGCAAAGUAUGGAAACACAAACUUCUAGCUUAUAGCGAUAAGUUUAAUUUCGCACAAAGCUGUACAAUUUGUAACGUAACACAAGUACACGUUGCAUUCUCGAGGGUACUGUAGCAGCAUUAUCGUAAACCAGACGCAUUCAAAAUUGCAUACCGAGAAUCUGCUACGAUUUAAGAGGAACAAAUUUCGCAACCUUCAAAAAUGCCUGUCCUCUAUAGUAUGAAUGCGUAGUACUACAUUUGCCCUUUUCUCGUUGUCGUGUGACUUAAAAUGUUUGCGUCUCUUCACUGCCAUUCGCGACUCUUCUUCCGUGGCCUCAAGGGAUAAUAAAUGAUCCACUGAAUGUGCACUUCAAAAUAUCGCAAGAAGUAGUUUUAUUAAUAUAUCAAAUUCAGUACUCUUUUCGCGUACAGUUUUAACUUGCUAUAUAGUCGUUAAGUAGGCAUAUUCAAAUGCAGGGCAUUCAUCUGUAGCCAGAUUUCUCUUUCUAGUUUCAUGAACUACUUUCAUGGUGAUUUGAGUCUUGCUAAACAAGUUACAACUUUCGACUCGUAGCUAGAUAGAUAUUUAAACAUAGCUAACUCUCUUGAGUACUAAUAUUUGCACAUUAAAACUUGCAGAUCGUUUUAGUUACGGAAAGAUUUGCCUUGUCUUCUGUUUCACAUUCAUGUCACCUUCAAAACUUUACUGCUACACCAAACAGGAUGUGGUCAUUAGAUCCGGCACUUGUUUCUUUAGUGGCUGAUGAAUUAUUUAGGUCCUUUAGCGGAGUGAUUUAGGACAUAUGCCAUACUGUCUGACACUUUAAUAACUCUCCUCACCCCUCCUGCGUAAUCUGCUGUGGUAACGAUAUGGCUGUAAAAACAUUAAAAGUUUAGGACCCCAUCUCAAAUCAAGCUAGGCUUUUUAACGUAGCUGCUUAACUCAAAGCUGUCCUGAAAGCAUGUAUUUCUUCUGCCUUUGAACAAAUCAGAUGUACUGAUGAACUAUGCAAAAUUAGUGUUAUCAAUCGACUUAAACUGCCCUUAUUUUAUUUAUUCACUGGGUAACACCCACUAUCGUGUACAAACUUUGUCGAGUUUAGUUUUGGCUCGGUACCCACAAGACAUGCAGGACAUGUGGUUGGAGUUACAAUGUCAACAAUUAUGAUAUGGGUAUGAAAAAUAAAUAAAAUAAGUAAAAGGUGAAAUGCAAUAUGUCACGAAUAAUUAUCUACGGAAGCUUUUGUCUACUACGGGAUUUAAAAAGCCAAUUGGGGCAUUUUAUCGCACAGUACUGACUCAGUUCUGCGGAAAAAGUAAUAUUCGGAAGUUGAUCAAAAUGACGAACUGUAAAAUAUUAAUCAUUUUAAAAAAUCUUGAUGUUUACUCGUAAUUCUGAGAGAAAUAAAUACAGUUAAAAUAAUGAUAACUACAAGAUGUAAAGUCAGGUUUCAUGGACUGGUGAUCUGACCAGUCAUAACCGACAGACAAAUCAGACCGUAGAGUUGGCAAACGUAAACUUGAAAAAUUUGUUUUGACAUUUUCUCGGUUGAAACAAGAUAACUUCUGAUUUUUAUUCAAGUAAAAUGAGUUCAUGUUUAUGUUUUAGGCUAUAAGUAGUAAAAAGGACCAAACCGAUCAAACCGAUAACCGAUUAUCGGUACAAAUGACGCUGAAACUCUACAGCGUUCUGUCACGAGCCACAAAACAGUAUUUAUUGAUGGAAUUUCUUACAAAAUGACAAUGUAAUGCGUCUCUCAGUUUCCCUUUGCUUGGCGACGUGUCUUUGUGAAGGGUCCGUUGUGAGGAAAAAGUUCAGCGUUUACAUCUCGCAUUCAGAGUAACAUGAGAAAAUCGCAAUAAUCUUUCUUUGCCGUUGUUUCGUUUUAAACCUGUGGCAGAAAAAGUGAGCUCCCAUAUUCUUUACACUUAAAAAUUUUAUUUUGUUUUUGCCAUCAAAGGUAUUUCUUGUAAACGGGAAGAUAUGCGUCUACUGCUUUUUUUUAAACUAUCAGCAACUUAAGGGACGUUUUGAAAUGAAAUUUGACCCCCAUUUCUAUUUAAAUGCAAGGUUGUGCCUUAACUGAGUUCAUCUGCUUAAAUAAUUGCUUCAAAUGCUAGGCAGCUGCCUUCUAACUCAUAAAUGGAAUCUCAUACAUGACUGCUUUGAUAAACUCUACGUAGUCAGCAGCUGUUUUAUUGCUAAAGCUAAAUUUUGUGGGCAAAAAAAGGUCCACUGUCAAUAGUUAAUAGUUAACAUAUAAACCACAGCUCACUUUAAAAUCAAUCAACUUUCUGCUGAUCACCGUUUUCAAUCCAUAAUAAUAAUAAUAAUAGUAUAUGGCCACACCUUAAUGCAAGUGAUUCUAAGUUUAGGUUUUAGAACAGAGCUUAUAUUUAUCACAGGUACUUUAGUAUUUCGAGUUUUUAUUUACGGUUUCUAAAUCGCAUAAUAUACUUGAAAUACUGUAUAAUAGUAGAAAAUCGCUAGUAUUUUUAUUUUAAUUGAAACUCUAUUUUGCGCUAAUAACCUGUUUGCAGAUAUAUAAGAAAGACCAUCAGCCUGUUCAAAAAUCAAGCGCACAGAAACUCACAAUGGCCAUGUGAUCAGUUUUACAUUCUCUGCGUAUUGUCUCUAUUGUUUUUGAUACCGUGUAUUUAGCUUUGGUUUAGCAUUAUCGUCCAUGUCCUUUAAGUGUGCUCUUUUUUUAAAUAAUAUGUCUCUUGUAAUGACUGAAAAUUCAGAAUAGCUAGAAUUUUGCCUUGAAAAGGUAUUUAACCCAUGUUCUAAUAUGCAUAUUCGUUAUUAAAAUAGAGAUCUUUUUAUUUAACGUCUUUUAGCAUUUUUUUAAAUCUGGUGAUAUCGCAACAUAAAAAUGUUUAAUCUUUUUUUUUUGAUCAAACUCUAUACAUUUUUGGGAAACCUGUAUGAAAACAGUCAUUAUAGUCGCUCGGUUCCAUUCAAUUUGAUCCAGUUACUGUUCACCAGCUGUAAAAUUUAAACACUACUUGAAACUAGACAGUCAGCACAUUAAGGGAAGUGCUACCCAAAAUAUUUUUCUUCUUAUUGAUGUGCAUUUUUGCGACGUUCUAUGGUAUUUUUUGGUGUUACUUUACAGAUGCAUGAGCGCACCUCUUUAUAUCAACAGAGAAAUACGAUGUCAACUUUUACGGUACAACUUUUGUAGUAUUGUGACGUUCUUCAUUUUUGGUCUGUUUUGCUGUUGAAUUCUUUUGUAAAUCGAGUAAGGAGCUGCUGUAGCCGAAUCACUGGACUCUCCAAACUGCUUCUGAAUGUUCAACACACGCAACAUAUUUUAUUACACAAAAAGGCUGUACAGCUCAUUUCAUUCAUUACGGACACCAAUCCGGCUUCAUUUUCUUGAAUGUUUGCUGGUAGGUGAACAUGGAUUCUCCAUGCGAUCGGUUUAGUUUGUGGUGGUUGAAGAGCUUUUGAGUGAAUGAAGCUGGAUGAACCCCGCCGCAUGCUCUCAGUGCAGUUAAAUCAUUUUCAAGUGCAAAUUAGGUCAGUCUGAUGUGUUAUUACAGGAACUACUGGUACCACUGUAUGCACUGUGAACUGAAAUAAAUGAUAUAUGUCUGUAA